AGCCCCGCCCUCCUCCUGCCUCUCUUGGAGCUUUAUAACCAGAUGCCUGUUCCUCAGACGCACAUACCCAAGAAACGCACUGGACUUGAGCACACUUACGAUCCCACGAAACGUGACGGAAUAUACGCUUAUCGCAUUUGUUUUACUCCGAGAGAAGCAUCUUGGCUGAGCGAAGAAACAUGGAUUUUUUGAACCACAACUACUUGAGCGCGCGCACGCCCUACGAUUAUACCUUCAAUUUUUGGAAUGACUAUCUCGGCCUCUCCACGCUGGUCACCAAGAACAACAAGCACAGCGUCCCCCAGAGUCCCAACUCCAUCACGGAGUCCCUGAAAGCCACUCUGGGCUUGGACGACAGCCCUCCGUGCCCGUGCGUAAUCGCGGCCGGCGGCGAAGGCGACAGCGGUGGACACCUGGACUCCUGCUGCUGCCCCCCGCCCGCCUCCAUCUCCAUCCUGGACCUGAAAGAGCGCUUCUCCAUCCUGAGCCCCUUCCAGAACCAGAACCAGGGCACGGGGGGGCUGCUGUCCUCCUCCCAGGAGCGGGAGAUGGGCAUCGGAGGGGGCUUCGCGGGAUUUGAUCUGUUCGGCGUGGAGAGGAAGAUGAGGAAACCGGCUGCGCGCAAUAAGCAGGAGCCCAAGAUCUGCGUCUUCUGUCGGAAUAACGGCGCGCCGGAGGAGGUGUACGGCUCGCACGUCCUGAAAACCCCGGACGGGAGGGUGGUGUGCCCGAUCCUGCGGGCGUACACAUGCCCCCUAUGCAGUGCCAACGGGGACAACGCGCAUACAAUAAAAUACUGCCCCCUCUCCAAAGACCAGCCUGCCCAGAGAGUGCUGAAGGGAGGCAGAGCUGUGGGUGGUAAGCGAGUGAAAAUCUUCUAAAAAGACCCCUAUAGACUUACAUGUAUUGCACUGAACAUUUUCUUUCAGAUGACUGUUCUGAUUGACUGGCUUUCCGAGUCUUAACUACUAGGCAAACAAAUAAGAUGAUAUCAAUGUUUUUGUUAAACGAAAAAAAAAAAAAAUCUCUUAUAUUUUUAUAGAUACUUUAUUUCCAUAGUUUAUUGCAUACUUUAUUCAUAAAAAGCUAUUUUUUCCUUUUCACGCAUAGGUUUUAGAUGUUUAUUCACGAUUCAUAGUCACAUUUUGUGUGAAAUAAGAUGUUAUUUUUGUUUAAAAUGGGAAACGAGAAUGUUGGCACCAGAGGAGUUGCUCUUCUGUUCAACUCAAGUAUUUUCUUUACUGUAAGCUAAGCUUGCACCUCGUUUUUGUCUUUAAACCAAAGUUUAGUUUGCCAUUAAGCGAUUUUAAAGAAUGUUCCACAUGUCUUCAUUUAUGAACUUUAGUCCCAUUCCGCUCUCUCCUGAAAGUCCACUUCACAAUUUCCUGACAUUUGCGAGCACGGACGCGCAGAGCGACACAAUAGAGGCUCUGUUGCGCGUUCAUGUUCUCGGCAUAACUUCAUAAUCGGCCAAAUUAUUUCCAACCCCACUGACAGAGGCGGGCAUUUUACAUUGCAGAGUCCAUGUUACACGUGUUACCAUAUUAAUAACUUGAAGUGAAUUUCCUGCAGCUUCAGAAAGCACUGUUGCUCACAUUAGUAAACAUGAACGCUGUAAUGUAAAGUGUGACUGCAGGCUAUUCUUCUGUAUGAGGUGCCCUUUCAAUGUUUACACCCCGAGGAAGGGGAACACACACUGGAGGAAAAUUAAAAAAAAAAAAAAAAAAAAA